AUUUUUCAUUGCUUUACUUCUUUUUAGUUUCCUUUUCCAAAGCUGAAGAAAGACAGACAGCAGAGCGUCAGUCACAGAUGAUGAGGAAAAUAUCCCAGUGACAACUCUAGGUUUUGAUUCAGCUAUGGAGUCAUACGUGUUGGAUUGUUUGUUAUGUUUGCUCCCUUGCUCCUUGUUUUUCCUGCUGUGUUUGGGUCUCCGCUGGCCGGCGUUAUGCAGUUGGGUAAAUGUGGCUGUCAGGGCUGCAGGCUGGAAGCUGUGGGUCACAGUCUGUCUGAUCCUGGAGCUGCCGCUCUGGACCUCAGAUGGACCCAGGAUCAUCUGUAAACCCUCUGCACUGGCCAGGUAUCUGCUGCAGCACUGCGGCUCGCUCACAAAGGCAAAACUGGCCGACUGGCCCUGGGGAGACCCCCACCUGCAGACGGUCUCCAGCCAAAUGUGUGGAGAACAUGCAGACAGCAUCCAGUUCACCAGAGAGCUCCUCCUGCUGAAGGACGGGGGGGUCGUGGCUCUGGACUGGGCGACGGCGAAGAGGAUGAAGGAGCAGCAGUCAGGGAGGAAGGCCAUCGGGUGUUUCACCUCGACACCCCCCGUUCUCCUCCUCAUCCCUCAGUCCUGGGGCGGGACGACCCCCCACCUGCGGCGGCUCUGCCAGCAGGCCGCGCUGCAGGGCUUCUCAGUGGUCGUGUUUCACCAUCGGGGCACAGCCGGGUCGCCCCUCACCACACCAAGAAUCUGUGAGUUUGGAGACCCGGCGGAUCUGGAGCAGGCGGUUCUGUAUGUCCGCAGUCGGCACCCGUCCUCCGUGUUGGUGGCGGUGAGUGAAGGAUCGGGCUCCGCCGUCCUGCUGUCCUAUUUGGGCGAGCGAGGCUCAAGCACCUGCCUAACAGCAGCUGCAGCCAUCUCACCUGUGUUGCUGGGGCAACUGUGGUUUGAAAGCGUCAUGCCGCCUAUUUACCGCUGGGGGGUGCUAUUUCACAGAAAAAUGCAGCUGAGCAGAUAUGUCAGUUCUCUCCGAGGAAUCCUGGAUGUGGAUCGUGCCCUCAGAUCCUCCAGCCUCAGAGAUUUUGAAGAAGCUCUUUUCUGCUCUCCCACUGAGAAAGCUUCUCCAUCCACAGAGAGAAACCCUGCAUCUCCCUCCCUCAGGGGCCCAACAUCAGCAGCGGCCUGGGCACUGGGUGAAAGAGCUUACCCAGCAGCGGACUGGGAGAGCUACUGGGGGAGGAAUGAACCUCUGAGAGAUGCAGAUGAGGUGGCGGUCCCAGUGCUCUGCAUCUGCAGCUCUGAUGAUCCUCUCCUCCCUCCAGCCUCCACGCUCCCUGUUUCUCUUUUCCAGAGCAACCCUUACUUCCUGCUGGUUCUUACUGACAGAGGAGGGCAUUGCGGGUUCGCCCUGGACGCCGACAGGCAGGCAGAUGAAGGGAGGACAAGAAGUGAAGAUGAGGAUGAAGGUAUGUGGAGUCAUAUCGCAGUGCUGGAGUUCCUAAGAGUGGCGUCUGACUUCCUGAAAGAGGCAGAAAAGGACUGGAAAAGCAGCAGAGGCCAACAGGAAGUAAACAGCGUCAAAGGACAGAAGAGCAAGAUGAACUCUGCAGCGAUGCCUCGUCGGAGGAGAGGCGCCAUGAUGAAGAGAUCAAGACCCCAGCCAGCAGGGCAGAGCGGUGUGGACGACGUGCAUGGAGAACCCUUCACCUGGAAGAGGUCUUACACUCGAUAAGACAUUUUCAGAUAUUUUAUACGUUAGGUUUUCAAAACUAGAAAAAUAAAUUCUUAUCUAAAAAGGUCAGUCUAGGGUCAUAUUUGUUGAGUUCUGCUCAGUGGUGCUUCUCAGGUCUGGAGCUUUCUUUCAAUGUUUUUGUUUCAGGACGGCGUCUCAACGCUUCCUACUAAGAAAUUUCACGGUGGUGAUGCCUGCAGGAUUUAGUCUGCCAGAGUUUCUGAAAGACAAACUAUCACAAUAUGGCUUCACU